AUGCAUUCCUCAAUCCUCACCAUUCUUGCUGCUGGCAGCCUCUACCUGACCUCAUCUUCAGCUGCACCCACCACCUCCCCACCGCCUGGCAUCGGCGCAACUGUAAACCAACUCGACUCCAACGGCAUGCUCCAUUGGACUCCCGCAGCAAAUGGCGGACGCACUACCACCAUCGCCGCCGGACUCAUCUCUCACGCCCAUCAGCAACUGGCGGCCGGCAGCUCUCGAAAGCUGAAAGCCCGUGACGGCCCCAGCGCAGAUGUCGGCGGCUGGACCAACCUCGGUCAGAUCCAGGAUUACGCCGCCUCGUACGCCUGCGAACAAAGCGGUGUUUAUGGCGUCAGCACGACCAUCGCAACCCACGUCACCGACGCCUGUACCGCUCUCCUGGCAACAGUGCCCGGCGCUCCCAUUGCGGAAACCGCAUGGCAAGUAUACCAGUCGGCCGCCGGUCCGGGUGCCGACGGUGGCUCCGUGGGCACUGUUUUCCGCUACUUUACGAACACGGCGAGCGCGCCUGCGCUCACGCAGACUAUCUGUACCACCGCUUUCACGGACCUGACGAGUACAUUUUGUCAAGGAAAAGGGGAUCAUGGUGCGGAUACGCAAGGUGGUGAGGUUAAGAUUGGUACUGGGAAUGACUAUCUCAUGGUUGGUUUCGACCCGAACGGUGCUUAA